AAAUCAAUUGUAUUUUUAACAUGACACGAACGAGAAGUAGUUGUAGUAAUAAAAUGUUUAACAGCAGAAUGUCCGCCAUUAACUGGGGGAGGAAUCGAAGGAAUUUUCUAAAAGCAGCCACAAUUUUACUAGUGAUUAGCAGCAAUCAGUUAAGAGGUGCAAUGGCUGGUGGUUAUGGUGGCUAUGGCGGAGGUGGAGGUUUAGCUGGCAGUUCAGCUUCGGCCAGUGCUUCAAGUUUUGCUUCAAGUGGUGCUGGUGGUUGGAGUGGUGGUGCCGGCGGAGGUGGUGGAAAUCCGUUUUUGCCUGGUGAAGAAGACUUAUGCUUGUUUUCUGACAAACUUAUGUCUCUCAUAGAUUAA